GGGCGACGCUGCUGUGUGGCUGGCUGGCGGGCGGGAAACCAGGAAAAAUGAGGAGUUUAGUUUACGAUUGGGAACGAGGCGGUCUGUUGAAACACCGGCCUUCUGUCUCAAGUCUGCAAGCUUAAACGUCUUAGCGACUGUUCUCAGCGUUAUGGUCGCGUGCGUUGCCGCCUGGCUUACUGUUUUUAUUCCGUUUAAAAAUUAUAUCUCACUGUUUCGGCGUUGCUUAGCUUGUUCAUAGCGCGUUUUUACUGAGCGUGCGUGGAGAGUGCAGCAAACAAACUGCGUUGUGUGCCUCGUCUUACAGCACACGGGGUGACGUGAAAGGAAAACAUGAAACUCACGGAGUGGGAUUACGUUUGAAGCUGCUUGUUUAGCCCUGAGUUCCUGCCCCCUCAGGGCUGCGGUGUUCCAUUUUGCCCAGGUUACCUUGAAGAAAAUUCUACGGUGCAGUUUUAUGGUGUCCAAGCAGCUCAUCUAUUGAUACUUAGUAAAUCUGUAGUAAAACAUCAUCUGAGCUUGCCAUCAUCUGGAUCCAGAGGUUACUUUCAAGAAAAUGUGGACUGCCAGAAGUCUCUGUACUGCACCAAUACAAUUACUUGAGUUGAAAGAAGGCAGAUUGUGCAGUUCCAUUCUUCUGAAAAACCAGCAGUUCUGGACUGGAAUUCUAAACUGUUGUACCCUAAGAGCACCAUAUGGCAGAGCUAAAUGCCAGGUUUCCAAGAUGAAUGAAAACCAGUCAGUAAUAGAUAAUGCAGUUGCUAUUAGUGCAGAAGGAAGUAAAAGAACUUCUGGAAAUAGUCCCAUUGGAGAAUAUGAUGGAAAACAACACACAUUAGAAGGAAAAAUGAAACAUGUCAAUCUGUCAUUCGCAUCGUGUGGGUUUCUGGGUAUUUACCACUUGGGGGCAGCAGCUGCUCUUUACAGGCAUGGUAAGAAGUUACUGAAAGUUGUGAAAGACUUUGCAGGAGCUUCUGCGGGAUCCCUGGCUGCCACUGUCUUAUUAGCAGUACCAGAAAAUAUAGAGAAAUGUCAGCAGUUUACCUAUGAAUUUGCAGAAGAAGUCAGAAAAUUGGACUUUGGUGCAGUAACUCCUGGUUACGAUUUUAUGAAAAGACUUAGGGAAGGCAUAGAAUCUAUUCUUCCUUCUAAUGCUCAUGAGAUAGCUGAGAAUCGGCUCUAUGUGUCUGUUACUAAUGUGAGAAAUGGGAAAAAUUACUUGUUUUCAAAUUUUGCCUCCAGGGAGGAUCUCAUUAAGGUCCUGCUAGCAAGUAGUUUUAUACCAGUAUAUGCUGGAAUGAAGCCAGUCGAGUAUAAAGGAGAGAAGUGGGUUGAUGGUGGCAUUACCAAUGGCCUCCCUAUCUUGCCUUUUGGACGUACGAUUACAAUUUCUCCUUUCAGUGGUCGAUUAGAUAUCUGUCCACAAGAUAAAGGACGUGUGGAUCUGUAUGUUAAAUUUGCAAAACAAGAUAUAAUGUUGUCUUUGGCCAACCUAGUAAGACUUAAUCAAGCUAUGUUCCCACCAAACCAGGAGAAAAUGGAAUCACUGUACCAAAAUGGAUUUGAUGACGCUGUACAUUUUUUACUAAAAGAAAACUGGUUUGAAUAGGCAGAACAUAAAAAAUAAAACCUGAUGGCUUUCAAAACACAGCUAUAGACAUUCUAACUCAAAUCUAAGAGGUUGUUAUCACAAUUUCUGUUUAUUGAAAUAAAAAGUCCCAUUUGGAAUUGCAUCAUCCUCUGCCAGGAAAAUAUCAGCUCCAUUCAGAAGACCUGUAUAAACUUGUCUGAUUGAGAACUGUACUUGGCUAGUAUUUGGCUUGUUUGAGAACAUUCAAGUUUUGAUCUGUUUUGCUUCAGAACUGGACUUCAAAAUGGCAAUUGUAAAAGCUUCUGUUACCAUAAUUAUACAAAUUUGGAAGACUUUUCCAAUGUUAUUUGAGAGACUAAUCAGUGUUGUAUCUGUAUUCCUCGCUUAAUAUAGCAGUUGUGCAUGCUCAUAGAGUGCAGUAUUGCUAAUCCAGUUUAGUACUUAAAGCAUUUUGAAGGAUCUGAACUCUUAGCUCUAGCAACAAGAAAUAAAACAUCUGCACUUUUACCUUUGAUACAUUUAUUUUCUUGAACAUUAAAGUUUUUUUGCUUCUCAGUGAAUGCACUUUCUCAAUUAGAAAUACUAUUUCAAACUUUUGUAACAGAAUUGUGAUGUUUUGUUUACUAAAAAUAUCUUGUACAGUGGAGUAGUUAUUUUUACUGUGUUUUCUUCUGCUGCUAAAAUUGAAUGAACUUAUUUUCUUGAAACUUCUGUGAAGAACUUAUUUUUAAGUUUCUCAGAAUGCUUUAUUCAUAAAAUAAAUGUUUUAUUACAACCUGAUAAAGUGCCUGGAUAUAAGUUCUUUUACCAUUCACCUCGCAGCGAUUUCCUUAAAUGCAAGUUCAAAAAUUUUAGUCUUAAUGCCUAAAUUCUAAAAUCAACAACUACUUAAAAGCAAAGCAUUUGUUUCUUAAGUGUACUUUUUAAGAUAAAUUCUUAAUGUUUACAAAAAUUUGAGAUUGAAUUAUGCGUAGCACUCCUCCAAAAUAAUUGAAAAUCUAGGGAAGUGAGUAUUACAGUUACAUUAUACAUAUUUUGUAGCUGUUUGAAGGCCUCUUAGUGUAAACAACAUAUUCAUAUGUAGAUGAUAUCAGGGUAGGAUUCAUGUGGUAGGACUGAAUUCUGUUGCUGUUUAUGCUAGAAAAAAUAAUAAUGCUUUGCAUCAAUGUUUUUAGAGGCAUGAGGUUCUGUAUUGCAGUGAAAAUAGAAUAUGAUUUCCAGAUACGUAGGACUCCAGAUAUGUAGGACAGCAUUUCUACAGGUAGAGCUGAAAUGCUUUGAUGCUACAAAGACACUUGUGCCUUGCUUGCCUUCAUUCUUACUUACACAGAGGAGAACUUUUAAUAUAGAUAGAAAUAGUGAAUAAUGCUAUUAAAAGAUUGUUGCAAACUGAUUUGCUAUAGCCUAAAAUUGUAAUUCAAUUUCAAUACUUAUUUUGGUACUAUGGCAGAAUCUCCUUUUCCAUGUAGCAUUCUGACAGCUUGGAGCUACUCAUGAGCAUUUAGAAAUAGCAGAACCAGCGCUGCAGCUUCCUGAGCAGUUGUGGAGCUACGUAUAUUCAGCAAAUCUGUACAAAGCUUGUUUACCUGCAUGCCAUUCUGUAAGAGCUGUCUGUUAAUAUUAUUAAACAUAAAGCUUGUUUCUUGAUAACUUGUGUUGCUUUUGAGCAUUGUGUGUCACAGUUUGAUAUGCUCUUUAGUUUAUUAAAACCUGGCUUCUUUCUGUAUGUAUUAAUACAGGAAUAUAAGCCAUAUCCUAUACACUGAGCUUUAAGUGCCCCAGGCAGUGUUCAGUUCUUCAGAAACUGACCUUCAGAUGUUUAUGAUAACAUAAUGUUCUUCAGCAGGAAUAAAAUCAUAGCAAUGCAAAGGAAAGAUCUAGAAGUGCUUAUUAUUAUAGUACAAAUAUUUAUUUAUUAAUUUAUCUUGGGAUGUAAAAGUUCAAUGAGAAAAGCAAGAGUCAGAGACUUUCCAGGUAGUGGCAUUUUAUAAAAGAUAGCAAAAAAGAAAAGUGGUACAAUCUUGUUGUCUUAAGGCUGCUAAAUUGAACAUAGUGUAGCAUAGUAGAGCACAUUCAGAAAUGUUUCAUUCUCAGCCAACAAUGUUUGAAUCUUUGAAAUAAAAUGUUUAUUGAUCAGUUAACAGAAGCAUUUGCUGUUUUAAAUCAGAAUAGUUGUAAUCUCUUUGUUUCAUAGAGGAAACCAUCUACUGUGCAGACUUUGUGAUGUCACCCAUUUUAUUUCCUCCUUACUCAAACUGUACCACCUUUAAAACUUCAGGUGGUGUGUUAAGAGAAUCUUCUUUUCCAAAUAACGUAGUACUUUUACAAUAGUGACAUACCUUAUAAAAGCCAAAUUAAUUUUCUUCUGUAUUUUCUCCAACAUUGUGUGAAUUGAUCAUAAUUGUCUUCUAUUUAUUUUCAUGAAACUCAAAUCUUUUAAUAUCUCUAACAAAAUAAUAAUUUCUGUUGCAAAAAUAAUCAGAAUUACACAAAUGUGAAUAUUGCUUCCAUUUUUGUGGAAUGUGCACAGAGUUUGCCACUACACAAAGGAGAGGUAACCUGGAUUUGUUUGCAAAAGCUACUUCUAUGUUAGAAAGACUAAGGUACCUUCAGAUCCAUUUGAUCUGAAAAUCUUAAAUUAUAAUUUAUAAAUUAAAAUCUUAAAUUAUAAUAUUAUUUAUAUAAUAAAUAAUUAAAUCUUAAAUAAUCUCAAAUUUAACAGCAAACAGUCUGAUCCCUUUCAAAUAAUUUCUUACCUAUCUCUUCAUCUGCAGUAGUGCCAUGUUUUCCCACUUCCCUGCCCUAGCUCUCUUAGUUGUGCAUAAAUAUUGCUGAUUGUGUUCCUAACCUAAUCCUUUUUUUGUUUUUUUUUUUGUCUCUCCUGUGUAUGGUCUUACCGGACAAUGACUUGUAUGCAUCUUUAUUCAUUAAAUAUGUUCUGUUUCAAAGGGAAACAUCUAAUAAAAUGAGAACCUCUUAAGCUUUGUUUUCUGUUAUCAGCAGUUAUGUUUUCAAGAAGUGAAUAUUAGCUUUUCUAUGUGAAGCCAAUUUACUUUAGUUUGUUUGUAUGUGUGUGUGUGUGAGUGUGUGGCUUUUGCUUUGUUUUAAACCACAUUGCAAGUUCUGCAGUUUCUGGCUAAUUUUGCAGACUAAUAGCUAGAUUUUUCUGUUAGUGCAUCAUAAAUCUGUUGUAGUAAGAAAGGGUUCUGACCACUUUAUUAACAUUUUUCACAAAGACCUAAGGUAAUAAGAAGUUAUCUUUCUCCUCUUUAAAAUAAUGCUCUAAAGAAGCAUAAAUCCUAAGUUCUUAAACAGAUUAUGUUCAUUUUCUGUUAGAGGUGUUUCAACUGAAGUCCUUGUAUGGCUGAAAGCAUAAUUUGUGCUUGCUAGAAUUUCACUUUCUGUUAGACUUACUAUGUAAGUAGGCUGUUUAACUUUUUAAGUUUUUAGUGUCUUAAGCAGUUGAAGGAAAUCAAACUUGCCAAAACUUGUAUCUAUUUUCUGCCUUCAUGCUGCUGAUACGUGGUUGCUGUCAAGAUACAGACUUACUGCAGAGAGUCCACUGCAGACACACAAAGAUCAUUAAAGGACUGGGACAUCCUUCUUGUGUGGUGAGGCAGAGAUUUAUGGAUUUGUUUAGCUCAGCAAGAAAAAUGCUUAUGAGGAUCUUAGAUGAGUAUAAAUAGGUGAUGGGAAGGAAUGAUAAAGAUGAAUCCAAGCUCUGCUCAGUGUUGAUCAGUGUCGUGACAUGGCAAUGGGCACAAGCUGGAAUACGGCAGGUUCUUUCUGACCAUCAGAAAGCACGUCUGUGCUGUGUGGAUGCUGGAACACUGACAGAGGCUAGAGUUCCCCAGAGAGAUUGUGGAGUCUCCUAUGGAGAUCUUCAGAAGUCGCUUGGGUAUGGACCUGGGCAACCUGCUCUUAGGAGGCUCUAAUUGAGCAGAGGUUGGACUAACUGAGCUAUUGAGAUUUCCUCUAAGCAAUAGUUCUCUGAUUCUGUAAUUUACUGUACGAUCAGAAUUGCAUAUAAAUGUUAACGUUACUUACACUACUAUAUGUGUGUUAAAAAAGUAUAAAUUAGAAAAUGUAAUUUUUCAUAUACCUGCUACUAAAAAUUUCUUGUGUUCUAAACUGGAUUCAGCCCUGCUGACAAAAAAUUUGCUGACUGCUACAUAGAAAAUAAUGAUUUGGGUUUUUUACUGUCCUUAUGCUGUUGGUGUUAGAUAGUAGCACAUAUGCCCUAUUAUUUGUUUUCAGACAAAACUUUGGAAUGUUUAACCUUUCUGACUUGAACAUUAACUCCAACUUAUUAGGAAACAUUACAUAGAAAAUACCUCUGGUGUUUCUAAGAAGCAUGUGAAAAAGUGUAAAAACCGUGUUGACAAUUUUGAAGGACCAUUGAUCUGAAAUGGAAGCAGUGCUGUAAAGUGGAAAGAAAACAGUCCUAUUCUAGUAUACCUGUUAUCUGAAUGAGAUGUCUUGAAAGGCAUUUGCCCUGUGGUUAUGUCUGCUAGAUUAAGAAUGAACCAAAAUGCAAGAUAUGGAAAGUUCCAUUGAAUGCAUUAACGUUUUUGUGCUUCUUGAAGGUAACUCUGGUUCACUGACUUCUGCCUUCAUAUGACUGCAUCUUCCUUUAAGGUCGAUUUCACACCUCAUAAAGGAUCUUCUGUAAAGCUACAUCUUAAGAUAUAUAAAAGAUCCCUUAAUAUUUAAGGUAAUUAAAAACAUAAAAAUAAAAUUAAAAAAAACUUUAAAUAGAAGAGGCUGGUCAUGUUUUAUAAUCAACAAUUAUUUUUUUUUUUUUAAAGAUUUUUAAAAUAGGAAGUCUGAGGUGCAUCUGAGAAGCUAGUUUCUCUGGAAAUUUACAUAUUUUCAUCCCAAAUUAGAGUUUAAAUUUCCGAAUCUGGAAACCUGAAUAUCUAUGACUGAAAAUGCACUCAGAACCCAGUUUGAGUAGAGGAGAGUGAGGGAGACCAUUAUUUAGUUCCUGCUAUCAAAUUUAAGAAAUUUUUUUGAUUUUUUCAUGACUUCAUGACUGCUCUACGCCUCUCCAAAUGCACAAGCAUUGUUUGUCUGUCCUGGAAGUAAUACUUAACUGUCUCUAAGUGAAUCAGAAGUACUUUCAAGAAAACGAGUCAAAUAUCAGUUUUUAAAACUGUUUUAAUUAGUAUUUUUACUUGCAGAACAGGCAAAUGUUUUAGAAGAAUGCAGUACUGAUAAAGCUUUACUGAUAAAGCUCUACUGAUAAAGCUGAACUUCACUAGCAAUGUGCAUCCACAUCAUAAUGUACAGUCUUGAAUAUUAACUAUGACUUAUUGCCCCCUUGAGUAAAAAAGAGCUUACUCUUUGUUUUAUAUUCAUAGUGUAUAAGGCUGUAAUCUCUGGCAUUUUAGCCUAUGAACAUUUUCCUUUCAUAAUUAUAUUUUCAGUGUUAAAAAAAAAAAAAACAAAUCUU